AUGAGUGCGGCGAUGAAGAAUCGCGCACGUCUUGUAUGCGUUCAAUGCCAUGCGCGCAAGAUCAAAUGCGACUUGGAAGAAAACGGCGAUAUUGAUAAUACCUGUGCCUACUGCCGCAGACACAGUAUAACCUGCAUGUUCGUAUUGCUCUCACAUCCCCUUCAGCGAACCGGCGCCCCCCCUUUCACCCCCGCCAAAAGACCGCGUCAAGGUGUAAGAAAGCGCGGUGUCCCAAGUCUACGACGACCUCGAAAAGCGUCCCUGACCGGCUCGGCAAGUACCGACUUGCGAGCUGAUCUACCCUAUACGCUGUCAGAAACUUCCCCGAAUAUCUUACCUGACAGCGGCAAUAACGCGGCAUACAUUGCGGAGCACUCUGUCCUCCAAGAUAGCGACUAUGAUUGUCAGACCGAUACGCCUACACCAGGCUUACCAGCCAGUCCAGGGGGUAGCGGCAUCACACCCAGAGUCAAGCUCAGUGCGUUGCGAGCGACCGAUGCCCAUCGGCUACCGAAGCCGGCAUUACGACAGGCCCUUUUUGAUUCAUUCUUCACAAAUCUGAAUUACUGCUUCCCAAUAGUCAGUAGGUCCGAUGUCGAGUCUCCAGGCUCGUCUGUCUUGCUGCAGCAGGCGGUUUGUCUUGCUGGUAGCUUGAUGCGGCACCCAAGUCUACCAGACAGCUUUCCUAGAGCGCAAGCGAUAUACGAAAAGAUCAAGAUUCUGAUUUGCGUCAAUUUUGAACCAAAUAUGCUCACGGUCCUCAAAGCACUUACUUUUUUGACUCUCUGGAGCCCCAAUCCGCCUCAUAUGGUAAGCUUAGAUGGGCCGUGGCACGCAACUGGCACAGCCGUCCGUCUAGCUAUUCAAAUGGGCAUGCACAAAGACUCUACAUACGCCAAUAAACCUGAUCGCAAAUGCCGCAGGAGGCUGUGGUGGCUGAUUUUUGCUAGCGACUGCGUGCUAGCGCUCAUUUAUGGGCGUUUACCUGCCCUAAAACGGGACGACUUUGACGUUUCCCCGCUGUCCGAGGAAGACUUUGACGUCGUCGACAUUCAAUCGAGACAGUUCAUUGCAGACAUUUCAUUGGCGCUGAUAAUGGGGGGACUGGCUCCCAAAAUCUCGCGCAAUAUUACACCCGCGCAAGAGCAGAUGCCAAUCGCUGAGCUCCUUAGCGGCUGGAUGAUGGAGCUGCAUCCAGAUCUGAGCCUGUAUGACGACAACGGCGACAGGCGAGCCCAUUACUUUCCGGUAGCAGAGCUUCAUAUACAAUAUUUCGGAGCAGUCAUUCUAUCGCAGGCCAUGCCGUCCAAAUGUUCGAAGCAAUGGGCCUGUUCAACUGCCUGCUUGAUAGCGGCCAGCUGCAUCGCAGAACUCUACGAGGAAAUACUGUACAGGGAAGAAGUAUGCUUAUUGAUAACGAUGCAUUCCUUCUGGUGUCUAACAGCCGCAAUACCUCUAAUUUACUACAAGCCAGAAAACGAGGAAAUGGAAGUGCAACGCAAAGAAAGUCUUGGCGCAUUGUGCUCGGUUAUUGAACAGUUGAACCACAGAUUUGGCAUCGCCAAGACUGUAGCCAGGAAAAUAAAAAUUCUUCAGCGGGAGCGAGAAACUAUUUUGGAACAGAGGAUUACCGCACCCGGCGGACGUGAUUUCGGCGAAGGCAGCGUCGACCACCAAACAACGUCCUCUUAUCAGCUUACAGCUUUGUUUCCGCAGCUGCAAGCCUGGACAGCCCGACGGGAAUCAGGACACCAGAAUGCAAUUCUGGAUACCAUAGCACAGACACGCGUCGACAACGAAGCUCACGGAGUCGAGCCGACCGUGCAAUGGAUUUCCGAAGCUCCUUUAUCAGCUUUUGAUGCACUUGGUGCACCUGGGUUUAUGGAUGACUUCCUUGGUACUGGAUACCUUCAUGAUGGAAUGGACUUUGAGCUGAGAGACAUGGUAUCUGUUGGUUCCAUUUACAUGUGA